UAAUAAUAAAUGCUCCCCACACUAGGAGAAAAAUAAGAUGGCGGAAGGCGUACGUGACAUCCCGAACGAACACAUCGUGUGUCAGUUGUGUGGGUCUCGCGAUGACCUCCAGUUAUGCAGUAGGUGUAAGACGACUUGGUAUUGUAGUAAAGAACACCAAAAAUAUGAUUGGAAGUAUCACAAGAAAAUAUGCAAGAAAAAAACACACAACGACACUAAAACUAAUGGUAGAAAUGACGGCUUCAACAUGACAAGCGCGGAAUUACAAACCGGAGUGGGCGAGGUCAACAACCCUGGUAUGGAAUGUGUAGGACGUGACAAUAUCAGUGUAUCACAUUUAAAAACAAACACAUCAUGUGGUUCAUCAACACAUGCGAUAGAAGUUGCCAAAGAUGUCAAAGACUGGACUGGUGAAUCGGAUUCUGCAUCUCGUGGACCAAAAUUAAAUGUUAAGCUGCCUAUGGACUCUGAUGGGCAAAGUGGUGUACGUGAGAGCUCGGACAUAGACGACAGGGAUGUGGAAAACAUGUCAUUCCGUAGCAUGGACUUGUCUGAUAAGGUUGUUUCUACAGGUUCUUAUUCGGAAAGUAACGAUACAUUUAUCACAGAAGGUAGUUCGGAAACCUUUAUUUUAGAAUCUGACGAUUCAGCCUUGUGUAAGCCUGAUUAUAGUUCAAACAAAUCCCAACAUUCCGAGAGUGCAAUGUACCCAAAAAGUGAUGUAGACACCCGACAGACAUACAUUUCUAUUAUUGAAAGCAGAAACAAGGCUGUGGCCCAGUAUGUUGUUAAUUGUCUCAAUAAAUAUGGUAUAUGUGUGGUUGACAAUUUUCUGGGUGAAUCCAAAGGACAAGAAAUCUUGGAAAAUGUGCUGUCAUUGCAUAAGUUGGGGACAUUUUCGGGGGGACAGGUUAUAGACCAGUCCACAAAAUCUACGAAAAGAAUACGUGGUGACAUUAUUACCUGGGUAGAUGGAACAGAACCAGGCUGUGACGAUGUCCAGUUUUUAAUUUCCUCUGUGGAUGCUGUGAUUUUACAAUGUGCUGGACAACUUGGAAACUUUGAUAUCAAUGGGAGAACAAAGGCGAUGGUAGCAUGUUAUCCAGGGAAGGGUUCUCAUUACAUGCGACAUGUGGACAACCCUAAUGGUGACGGGCGUUGUGUCACCUGUAUUUAUUACCUCAACAAAGAUUGGGAAGCAAAGGUUAAUGGUGGGCUAUUGAAGAUUUUUCCUGAAGGGCAAAAUUUAGUGGCUUCCAUUGAGCCCAAAUUUGACCGCCUGCUGUUCUUUUGGUCGGACAGACGAAAUCCCCAUGAAGUUAUGCCAGCUUACAAAACACGGUAUGCCAUAACAGUAUGGUACUAUGAUUCUAAGGAAAGGAAGAGAGCUGUGAAAAAGUUCAAAGGUAAUAAAAGCCCUGAACAGUCUUCUGUUCCUCUAAUUAGCAGUCAGAAGUGAUGACAUUGUGAUGUUUGGUAUUUAAUUGUGAUUGCUGGCUUACUGUGACCUCAUUUGCAUUAGUGACUGAUAUGUGGAUGUGUCGGCUAUUUGAUCAUCAAAGUAGGUCAAACCUAUACUGGAGAGGAUUGAAUCGUACAUCUCAUUGUGGACAGGCAACUUGCUGCUUUGAUCGGUUCACUGUACAAUUUACAAUUGUUUACUGUUUGUCACAUGACCUCCCUUUGACUUAACCUAGAAAAGUAGCUCUUAAAAAGGGACAAGCAAUGUAGACGGAUCAUGUUCAUUCCUGCAGUUCACUAUAGACUGGUAAUGUUCCUACACCUCAUUGUGGACAUUGUUCACUUUCUACAGCUCACCGGUAUGGUAGACAGGUCUCAUUAAUGGCUAUGGCUCACUGUAUACAGAUUCUGAUCAUUCCUGCAGCUCACUAUAGAUUGGUAAUUUUCGUACACCUCACUGUGGACAUAUGACUUUCUACAGCUCACCAGUAUAUUAGACAGGACUCAUAAAUCAUUGGAUGACUAUAAGCUCACUGUAUACAGAUCCUGAUGAUUCCUUAUAGCUCACUAUGGAUAGUUAACUCCCAAUUGACUUUGACAAAGGUCUGAUUAAAUAAUCUAUUUUGCUUGUUUGUGGUUGAUUUUGUAAAAUUUACCAUCAGCAGGCUGUAAAAGUCUUGAAAAGUGUUGAAUAUUGUCCCAUGGCCUUAAAAAGUAUUUUAAUGUGCGAUAAGUGUUCCUUGAACAGACAUAAAUAUGAGGAAGUUGAAAUCUGAAAUUGGAACAGCAAACUUUUGGGGGCAAUAAAAGGUGACAGUUCAAUUGACAGAAAUUAGCAAAUAAGUGCAGAAAUUGUGCAUGGAAGAUGUCCUGCAUCAGGCAUUGUAAAUGCAAAUUUUAUUUUUUUCUGUAUGAGAAGACUUUAUAAAGGGAUAAUCUGUACAAGUUCAGAUUUAAUAAGAUACUUUUUAUAAAAAUUGUACAUAAGUAUCUACUUAUGCUCUUAUGGGGAUUGUUCACCUUAAUUUACCAUAUGAAUAAUCAAAAUAUGAUUUGUGGAAAUCUUUAUAGAUCUCUAUCUAAAUCAAUUUACUUACAUGGCAUCAUGACAGGUUUGCAUUGUAUUAGCUGAACAGUAUGAAAUAAUUGUGAACAUUAUAAAUCAACCAUAAAUAAGCCUAAGGAAGCAAUGGAAUUGGCAUCCCAGCAGACAUUAUAAGUGAUCAUGCAGUGUACACACUUGUGUAGUUACUGAAUACUUUGCAUGAAAUUAGUGGCUGGGUGGUUAAGGUGUCCCAACACUUGAUCACUAACCUUCCACCUCUGGGUUGCCAGUUCGAAACCCAUGUGGGGCAUGCACAGUUGCCUGGUACUGACCGUUGGCCGGUGGUUUUUCUCUGGGUAUUCCGGCUUUCCUCCACCUCCAGAACCUGGCAUGUCCUUAAAUGACCCUGGCUGUUAAUUGAACGUUAAACAAAAUAAACCUAAAUGCAUGAAAUCUAUGAUAAAGCCCUCAGCUCUAUUUUCCCAAUAUACUCUAUUUAGGUAGUCUUCCAGUUAAUUAUAUCUGUAGCUCUGCCAUAGACAGGACUUUCUUAAGUCAGAACACUGUCCUACAUCAGUUUCCAGCAGCUAGGAUUUGAAGCUGUGUCAUAUAUAGGUCUUUCUAUAGUCGGACAACUGUCCUACAUUGGUUUGUCUGUUUGUCCAACAGCUAGGAUUUGUAGCUGUGUCAUAUAUAGGUCUUUCUAUAAUUAGACAACUGUCCUACAUUGAUUUGUCUGUUUGUCCAACAGCUGGGAUUUGUAGCUCUGCCAUAGAUAGGACUUUCUAUAGUCGGACAACUGUCCUACAUUGGUUUGUCGGUUUGUCCAACAGCUAGGAUUUGUAGCUGUGUCAUAGAUAGGUCUUUCUAUAGUCGGACAACUGUCCUACAUUGGUUCGUCCAACAGCUAGGAUUUGUAGCUGUGUCAUAGAUAGGUCUUUCUAUAGUCGGACAACUGUCCUACAUUGGUUCGUCCAACAGCUAGGAUUUGUAGCUGUGUCAUAGAUAGGACUUGUUACAUAUCCAGAACAUUGUCAUACAUCAGUUUUCAAGAUCUGCCAUAGACUGGACUUGCUAUAGUUAGAACACUUUCCUACAGUAGUUACAAUGUUAAGUUUCCGAUAGCUAGGACUCGUAGUACUCAAACAAUGUAAGAGGUUUACUCAGCGAGAAACUUGUGACUGGUACCCGUCACUGAUGGCACAAUAAUGUCAUGCACCACUUCCUAUAGUCAGAAUACUGUCUUAAAUCAGUUAAAAUGUUAUAUUUCUAAUAGUAUGACUAGUCUUAAAAUCAUUCCAUCCGACAAAAAUGUCUCAGUGAGACUCUGUUAAUGUAGCUAUGUUUCCAAAAGCUAGGACAAUUACAGAUUUUUAAAUGAACAUUAAUGUUCCUUUAUUUCAAAUGCACGAUUUAAAUUUGAAUCCAUAUUGACCUUGAAUAAGGUCAUUAAUUUAUAAAAAGUGAUACAUGAUCAUGUUCAGCAGCUGGUAUGUGUGAACCAUCCUUACUCCUUCAACCCAUAUGCAUGCUGGGCCUAGUUUCCUCUACCUAAGUAAACUCCUAGGAAAGCAUUAUUGGAUUUUAGGGGAAAUCCUUAGACAAGGAUCUUAACUUAAAAUCUUUAAUGCAUUCACAUAAAAAAUUUCUGUUAAGGAGAAAGCUGGUUUAGAAAGGUUACACUAUAUUGAUUGGAUAUUAAAUAUAACAGCAUGUGAACAUUUUGAGCCAUUAUAAUUAGCAUAUAAUGGGUUAUUUUAGCCAGUGUAAUAUCUAGUUUUAACAUAAAAAUUCAAGAGUUUAAUUUUAGAGUGUAUGGUUUUAGCUAUUGUCCUACCUAAGAUCUUAUUCUAGCAUUUAAGAAAUAAUGUACUAUGUUCCAACAUUUUCCACACUUUUGACUUGUCUGUUCAUAAUUGUUUGAACAUUGUUAUUAAUUACACUCAAAACAUGUGGUCCAAGAAUUUUCUCUAGAUGUAAGGGAGGUAACUUAGGCUGUACCUAUUUUCAAGGCUUUCCAUUUACCUGGUUGCUAUUCUUCCAUGUUCUAUUUUCACAGCCAUCGUCAGAAAAUUACAUAUUACAAUGACGUUAAAACCCCUAUCAUUACAUUUCUUGUCUAACAAUGAAAUACAAUGUACAUUUACGUUAAUAACAAUGACUGGCUUUGCAGGUAAUUCAGUGUUGAUGCCUUUAAACUUAUCAUACCUUAGGUAUAUACCAUUGUUUAAGAGUUCAUGUUUUUACUUUAUACAAAUUUGUUGACGAAUCCCAUAAUAAAUUCUUAUUACAUGA